ACGGAUCCUGCCGACCGACCGAGAACCCACCGACCAAACGACCGACCGAAUCAACCGAACCGAAGGGGGUUUUCAACAAAUUUCGCAAAAUCAAAAGUGCAGUUUGCAUCGUACUUGAUGCAGGUUCGACGAGCCUAAAAAAACAAAUUUUUUGUCAAAUAGGCCCUAGCUCGGUUUUAUCAACGUGUAACAAGAGCUAGUUCUUAAAAGUGUGAAUCUGAUAAAACAAUCUUAAUAAUAUCUUAAUUAUCUUGAAUAAAAUAAGAAAUAAUAGUGUGCAGUGUGGCAAUACGUUUAAGAUACAAAUUGAUACGAGAAUAAUAAAAGAAUACAAGAAAAAAAUCCGAGUCAACAAUUGAACAAACGCAACGCGCGGUGAACGCGGUUCCUUACAUGGCAGCAAUGUCUCCUUUGCCUGCUGUAUUUCCUUUACACUCACCAGAUUGCUUUCAUUGAGAUUUCGCCAACGUUCUUUUUACCCGCUUCUAUAUUUUUAACUUCCUUCGCGCAGAAGUUGUAGCCAACACGAUGUCGGCCUCUUUUCUCGGCGCGUCUCUUUGAAACGUGCUUCGUAGAAUCCUGUAUUCUUCUUCUUCCCUGUUUCUUCCGUCAUAGCAUGCCCUUUUUUCGCUCAGAUAUUUCAGCGAAAAGACCCAGAAAGGAAUAUAAAUAUAAAAUUACGGAAUAAUUGCCACAGAUUAUUAGUUUUCGUCAUGGUUCAGUCAUGUCGAUCUUAGAGGAGAGGUCCUUUGGAUAUAUGUUGUUCACAUGGAAGUAGUGAACACUCCUAUUUGGAGGUAUCCCGCUCGCUUCUCGCGCUUAAUUCGCAAGUCAAUCUGAUAAUUCGCGCUGUCCUUUGGGUGAGCUUCACUGCCGACGAAAAGCUCGAUCUGUCUCAAGAAAGUUACGAAAUAGUAAAUGCCAAAGUGAAACUAAAAAAAAUAAAAUGCGUUUUCAUGGUUUUGUUGUGAAAUUGAAAUGUUUUUCCAGGUUUUUCUUCAGUAAACCCUAUCUGAACAAUUUAGGUUGUUGCAAUAGACUGGAAAUAAUAAAUAAUUGAAAUAACUCUUUAACAAUAUUCAGUUCAAAGUUUUCGAAAAAAAAAAAAAAUAUUUUGGAUACAUUCGAGUUUUGGCCAUCAAAAUAGGAGUUCCAGCAUCGUCAUUCAACCGGAAUACUUUAUUUUGCAUCCAAGAAGCAGUCAAAAUUCACCUAAGUUACGUAAACAAGUUACAACAAGAAAUAAAACCAGGAAGUUUCAAAAUAUUCUAUUUUAAUUAGUUAUUAAUUGAAGCAUAAGACAUUCAAACGUUUCGGAAAAAAAUAAAUAAAAUAAGGAAAUUAAAACAAUUCAAAAUUGAACAAAAGAAAAAGUACAAAAUUAAAUAAGUUUAGACACCAAUUAAAAAAAAAAAUAAUAAAUAAACCAAAAAAUUAACUUAAAAAAAAAUAAAACUCGAGAAACAACAAAAUUCAAUUUAUACUUAAAAUUAACUUUUAGAAGAGUAAAUUCAAAAUUUUAAUAAGGAAAAAAAUCAUACCGUUUUGAACUAGGAAAAACAAAAUCAAGAAUUACGUCUUUUUUACUAUUUGAGAUUAUGUCUGACGAAAUAAAGAUUUAUUUUUAAUUUUUGAAGAAAAGGAGAAUACAUAGAGUAUAAAAUCCAUAUAAGCCAAUUGCAAUAUUUGUCGACAGUAUACAACUGUUGUUCUUGAAAUUAAACCCAACUAUUCCUGUAAAAGGGUAUAGUCCAGUUAACACAAUACACACACAUACACACUUACACCCAAACACGCAAAAGCAACGAAAAGAAACCACCAUAAAUUUUGAACAAAGAGCUAAAAGGCUCCAAGUAAAAUCAGCAUAUAUACACCAAUAAAUUCAAUAUAUAUAUAUAAAGAUAUAUAUAUAUUACUUUUCUGGUAAUCACUUCGCUUAAAUCCAAGUCGAAGUGAUUAUCAAAAUAACCACCCAAAGAUCCACACAAAUUAACACUGACACCGGAACAGACAGUUUUGAAUAUCAUCUACCAUACAGCUAGCGUUUACUUAAUUAUAUUCAAAAAUAUAUUAUUAAGUAAAUUACUAGGAAAUAUCAAUACACACAGAACUUUUCACAAUUUCAAGACAUCAACAACAGUUACAUUAAUAAAAACAAAAACGAAAAUCACAACAAAUACAUUCAAUAAAUUAUUCAAAAUACACAAACUUUUAAAUACACAUCUUCUACGAAGACGCAGAAAAAGGAGAAAUAAAUACAAAAACUUGAUAGAAAUUGAAUAUCACAAAAGAAAACAAAAGAAAAUACUUAUUGCAAGAAAUAUACUAAUUUUCUUAACAUACAAGUGACCCCCCCGCAUUUGCUUAACCCAUAUCCAAAAAACCUCUUUAUCCCAUUUAACAUUCGCAACCACACAUUCAUCACAAUCGUAAUAGAAGUAACGAGACACGAGAUACAUUCAACAUUGUAUUGAGAAGAUUUUAAAAAAAAAGAAAAAAAAACACACAAAUUAAAUUAUUACUAAACUAGGGAAGUACUUUUCUUAAUAAAAACAAAUAUAUAUAAAAUAAAAGCCAGGGAAGGGAAGCUCUCACGAUACAUAUACAUAUAUAUAUAUGUAUAAAUACAAACACACAUAGAUACAUAUAUAUAUUCAUACAUUUUCGGAGGCAUCAUAACAACUAUUUUGGCGCAAUUGAUGAAGGAUUUUCUUCCAAAAACGUCACCGCCCAAAGCUCCCACUAAACAAUCGGAAAAAGCAGCAUCUUAGGUUGAAAAUAAAAGAAAAAAACUCAAAACCAACCAUUAAUACUACACCAGAUCCUAUAUUGCUAUUAAAUACUUUCAUUUUUAAUCCUCAUUUUUUUUUAUUUUCUUUAAAAUUCCCAGUAGAGCGUAAAACACAAACAAAAUUAUACAAAGGAGCUCGAACAUAAAAACGAAUUGGAAUAACCAUUAUUCAUCAUAUCUGUCUUAUCGACUUAAACAAAAUCCUAAAUAUGUAGGCGAAAAAAAAAUCUACGUAAAUAUUGCAGGAAGAAAACUAUAUACCACAUAUAACUCCCGAAGAAAACGAAUAUAAAUACCAUCAAGUGAGCGUUAAUGUUAUCUAUGGGCUAUAGGUAAAAUUAAGGUUAACUCGAAUUAGCAUACACGCACGUGCUCCAUUCGCAACAAGUAAUACAAACACUCAAAGCAUCAAGAACUUCUUAACAAUUAAUAAAGGGCUAUAAUUAAUGCAGAUAUCGAUAAAUUAAGAUAAGAAAUAACAUCAGAAAGGCAUUGAAACACUCAAAACCAAUCAUAUUAGCUUAAUUUCAAAUUAAGUUUAUUCUUUUUCAGAAGUAUAUUCAUUGUUUAUGUUUUAUUUCCAUCCUACACAUAUGCAAACGAAAUACACAACGCAACAUAACACUAAAUGCGUAUGAAUUAUCCUCAACAAGUCUAUGCACACAUAAACACAUGCACGCAUUUCAACCACACCAACAGCAAAGUAAACAAUACAACAAAUUUUCUCGGGUGUCCUUUAUUAUUAUUAAAUAUAACGUUAAUUUUUUAUUGACAAAAAAAAUCUAUUAUAUCUAGUUAUAUGUCAGAAGAACAAAGUGAAAUUAAUGUCGAGAAAUUUUUUACAAAAUACUAAAAUCUAAAAAAUAUCCAAAAUCAAUAUUUAUACACACGCUCGGAAGGUAUAGUUCAAUUUAAUAAAAAAAAACAGUAAAGAACAAAGAAAACAAAAAACUUGAAAAAAAAUUACAAACAAAAUUUUUUUUUUAGAAAAAAAAAACACAUCUCGGGUGAUAUUUUGGCCUCUAUGGAAAAUAAACAUUUUUUUAAAGCAAAAUAAAUAAAGAAUAAAUUCAAAUGUGAUCUAUAAAUAAAAAAAAGGCAGAAAAAAAAUCCGACAAAAAUAUAUUUUAUAGGGAAGAAGAUAGGAAAAAAAACGGCAAAAAUCCAAUAAUAAUUUAUUAAUCAUAUAUAAAACACAAAACAAGCACACUUUCACCUACACCGAAAGAUUCGAAAAUUUAAAAGAUAAAAAUACCAAAAAAAAAAUUAGUAAGAAGUUUAUACAUUGGAAAAGGAACUUUUGUGCCUUAAUUUGGCCUUAUUAAUAAUCUAAUAAUUCAAGUAAAGAGAGAAAAAAACAAACACGACAAGAGAAGAAAGAAGACAGCAGCAAAAAUUACAACUAAUAACGAAAAGACAAGGAAAAAGUGCAAAGACACCUAGCACUAACAGACGCCUAAUAAAAAAAAGCAGAAUAUCUUGUUGAAAAUGUAACUCAAACAAAUAUAAAUUAAAAAAAGAAGAAGAAGAAAAAACACACAUUACUAAAACAGAAAAUAUUUGGAAGACUUAUCUAUACAAAAUAUAUCCAAAAAAAACCAAACAAAAUAUAUUUUUAUUUGUUUAAAUACAAAAAACAUACACAUACACACGUUAUUUUAAAAGAUAUAUAUAGUUCAAAAAAUGAAUUUAGGAAAAUUAAAAGUACAGAAUAAAAACAGAAAGUAAGUUCCAAAACAAGGCAAUCACCGGCGUUUAUUUUAUUUUUUGUUUUGUAUUUUUUUGUUGCCCGUUUGUUUUUCUUUUAUCUUUUAUUUCAAUUAAAGCCACAAAUCAUAGACAAAAAAAUCAUUGAGUAUACGCGCAUUUUUUUUUUAUUUAUUUAUUUAUUUUGGCUAUUUGUAUUAUUUUAAUGAUUUUAUGUAUAAUAUAAUUGAUUAGUAUCUUCUUGUUUGAUUUCCAAUCGCAUGAAUUAUUUCCCUUUGUUUUCGAAUUGAAAAACUUCGAAGGAGGAAUUAGUAAAAUAAAAUCUUGAAGGAAAAUUUCAAUAAUGAAAAGGAAAAGAAUAGAAAGAACAUACUUAGCAAAGAGGAAAAGUACAAAAGUUAGCUAUUAAAUUGAAAAAUGGAAAAAAGAGAUCAUUGAUUAAAUAAAACAAAACAAUUACACCAAAAAAAACACACACAUACACAAAAAAUAAUAAUAACAACAAUAAAUGUAUAAUAAAACUAAUAAGUAAUAAAAAUGAAUCCAAAUAAUCUAAAUUGUGCGGGCUAUUUCUUUCGGAAAUAACAUUUAAUAUUAUUCUAAAAGAAUCUAAGAACGAAAUUUUUUUUUUGAUUUAAUCUUAAAUUCAUAAUUAUAUAAGACAAAAAAUAAUCACCAAGUCUUAAAUAUUGUGAACCAAAACGAUUUGUAAAAAAAAAAAUAAAAAAUGUAACUAAACAAAUAACAUAAAAGGUGAAACUAUAAAACAUAAGUUUCGCGAAUGGUCAUACAGAACACCUAAUCUAUAAGAUAAUAAUCUAAGCGACAGGUGUAAUUAAACCAAAAAACACAUGAGUUUAGUGUAUUAAUAACAUAAAAACAAUCAAUCAAUCAGAAGUUCUUUUAAUAAAAAUUACUUACACGAUUGUAACUAAAAAAAAUUGAAAGUUGGGUCAAAGGAUAGACAUUUUUUCAUGGUGUAUUGAAUAAAGUGACGUGAACUGUUCCUUUUAUUGAGAACUGGAUAGAUUUUAAUGUUGGCCUAAAAUUCGUCGAAAUAUGCUAAUCGAAGUAAAUCCAUAAAAGGAUAAAUUGUAAGGUCGCAACAACUGCCACCCCUUAGGAAGAUGUUGAUGGUUACUAUUUGGAUCUAAGUCAACAGUUGAAGCACUCGAAAGUCGGCAUCAUUAUAAAACUCUGAAUAAAACCGGGUUACUGUGUCGUCGACAAUAAUUGUCAACCAAUUUAGUGAAACAUCAAAUUCAGGCUUCCACUACUUUUUAAAAGUGUAUAUUUUUAUUCUAUGUUUCGAAAAAAGUAUAUACAGGAAAAAAAGAUAAAAGUGAAAAUAAGCAGAAAAUAAUCAAAAAAAAAAAAACGGAGAGGACGGUGAAAAGCUCUUCCAAAAUCGUUGAAUUCACAAUUUACCCCUAAUUUUAAUUUAAUAAAAUCAAAACAGAUCUUCCAGUGAGUAAAGUGUUCAUAUUUGAUUUUCAAAUCGGAAGAAUAACUGUUAAUCCUAACCAUCAUAAUUUUAUUAAUAAUAAAACGAAAAAAAAAAACAAAAUUCCAUUGAAAAAAAUAAUACGAAAUGAAGUAGAAUCCAAAAAUAAUAAAAAAAGUUGUGUACCUGGUUAAUGUAAUUUUUGAAAAGUGGAAAGAAAGUGACCAUCUAUUGGAUAAAGCAGAAAAUUUUUCAGAGUGAAUUUCCGUUUAUGAAUUCAAUGCAGUGAAAGCCGGUCGUUUUUCCAUCCCAAAAGGACGACUAAGAUUCAACGAACUAAAAUCAAAAUUAAUUAGAAACGAAAUAGAGAUCCUUCUUCAUUAAUAUUGUGAAGUUGUGAAAGUUACUUGACGAUCUAUGCGAUUUUGACGCCAGAUUUCAACGCAAUUACGUGUGCAAUAUUUAAAUAAAUAAAAAAAAAUAUAUCAAUACCGCGGUUAUUAUUAUUAAAAAAACAAAAAACAAAACAGAAAGUAUUGUGUAUCUGCAAUUUGAAGCCUAUAAAAUAUAUGGUCUAGAAAUUAGACCAACGCCGUUUUCCGUAAUACAAAGAACCUGAGAAAUCAUCAUCAGUCCAGCAAACAUUCUCAAUCAACACAGCUGCUCCAAAACAUCAUCAUAUUCACAAAACUAUCAGGGAGAAUUUCACUAUAAUCAAUUUAUCAAAGAUCAAUUACAACAAGAAAAUCUGGAACAUUUCACGUAUACACAAAAUUUCACUAAUCAACCGAAUAUCUUUGAAAAUAAUAUAAAAGUGGAGCAAACCGAUAAUUUUGUACGAAAGUGGCUCAACAAUACAUUCAAAAUUUCAACGGCGGAUUCGGCACUUGAUCUACGCUCAACGCCGCUUACAUUACAGAUACCACCGCAAAUGACAACCGAUGUUCAUCCGCACCAACAGCAUCAACAGCAAUCAUCAACCCCUAGUCGAUCGCUUUUUAAAAUGAACACGGAUUUUUGGCAGGCGCGUGGUCCACCUUUAAUUGGUAAUAGUAGUGCUAGCGGAGGGAGUGCAAUACCAACAACAAAUCUACUACUAAAUGCUUCUAGUCUUAUUAACAACAAUAAUAAUAACAAUAACGGUAGUAAUAACGCCAAUACAAACAGUAACAAUAGCGGCAACAGUAAUGCACAUAGCAAUAACAGUCAGCAUAAUCCUGAAACAACAACACCAACAACAUCGUCAACAUCAAAUUUGUCUUCAACAAACGGAGUGACUUCCCUUUCGCCAACAUGCCCAUCAUCACAGCAAAACAAUUCAAUUGUGCCAUCGGGCGGUAACGGUGGUAUAUUAUCGCCAGUUGUUGCGAAUUCGCUACAUCAUCAAUUGGAACAGCAUCUUCAUCAGCAACAACAGCAACAUCAAAAUAACAAUGCACCAACAACGAACGCUAAUGGUGCUCCUAGUGAUCACAAUUUAGGCAAUCCCCUAACAACAAAUAGCAUGACAGCAUCGUCAUCGGUGUUGAGCAUGCAAAUUCAACAACAACAACAACAGCUUCAACAUCAUCAACAACAACAAUCUUUAGUCAAUCCUUCCGUAACACCAACGAGCUUAGCUGUUAAUAAUAAUCUUCAACAACAAAAUCACCCACCACAAUCCUUAACGCCAGUUGGAGUUGGUAGUAUUGGAGGUGGAAGCGUUGGUGAUCAAGGACAAACCGACUUAAAAUUCAACAAUGAGAAGUUAGUGAAUGAAAUUCAGUUGCAGUUGACGAGAUCGAAUAGUGCAGCGGCAAUUAGCGAGCGAACCUUAGAAGAAUGUUGGUCAACCCUGCAACGAUUAUUCAUGCACAAAAGCGCAAUGCAACAAAUCCAACAUUUACCACGUGUCGGAUUAAGUGCAGGAAUGAGUGCCGAAGUCAAACCACAUCAAUGUCAGCAAUGUUUAAAAAGUUUCUCUAGUAAUCAUCAAUUGGUCCAACAUAUACGAGUUCAUACAGGCGAGAAACCAUAUAAAUGUUCAUAUUGUGAUCGACGUUUUAAGCAACUGUCGCAUGUGCAGCAACAUACACGAUUACAUACAGGUGAACGACCAUAUAAAUGCCAUUUACCUGAAUGUGGUCGUGCAUUUAUACAAUUAUCAAAUUUACAACAGCAUUUACGAAAUCAUGAUGCGCAAGUUGAAAGAGCUAAAAAUCGUCCAUUUCAUUGUAAUAUUUGCGGCAAAGGAUUUGCAACGGAAUCAAGUUUAAGGACACACACAUCAAAGGUCAGUCAUGAGCUGCAACUGCAUCUAGGUGUACUACAACAACAUGCGGCCUUAAUCGGUGGCCCAAAUGCAUCAACUUGUCCAAUUUGCCAUAAACUAUUUUUGGGCGGUGAAGCGCUCAUGGAACAUAUGAAGCAUACGCAUAAGGAUCCAAAUGCAUCAGGUGUUGCCAACCCCUACUUAGCGAAGCGUCGUACAGCAAAUCAUCCGUGCCCGGUAUGCGGGAAACAUUACGUGAACGAGGGAUCCUUACGUAAACAUUUGGCGUGCCAUCCGGAAACAUCACAACUGGCAACUAGCUUGAGAAUGUGGCCUUGUUCUGUAUGUCAGGCUGUUUUUACUCAUGAAGCUGGACUUUUGAGUCAUAUGGAACAUAUGCGUAUGGAUCCUAAACAUCAGUUUGCAGCGCAAUAUGUGUUAUCACGAGCUGCGGCGGAAAGACGUGAGCGCGAUACCCUCCUAGCUGCAGCUGUUGCCGCUUCUGCAUCCAGUUCAGGUCUUCUUUCAAUGGGUAGUGGUGGCGGCGAGGGUGGCACUAAUUCAAUGUGUGCAUCACCUUCAGCGCAUUCGGAAAGUUCUUCGGGUAAUGGACGCCUAUCCUCAACGGGCUCGGAUCCCGGUGGAAAUAUGAUCAACAAUAAUAACAAUAAUUGCAAUAGUAAAUUGAAUGAAAUUUUGCGGGGAGGAAACAAUAGUGGACCAUUACAUCCGUCGCAAUAUGGUGUCGAUGAUCUCCAGGCAAAUCGAAUGUCUCUGAUGGCAGCGGCAGCAGCCGGAAUAGUCGGACAAACAGGGCCUAAUGUUCCAAAUAAUUUAGGAUCACCGGGUGUCGAUUCCAGCAGGGCAGACGCGGUACAAGCAGCUGUGGUAAACCUUGCGGCGGCAAUGAGAAUGGGCCAACAAAAUAUGGUUAAUAAUGGACCAAGUGCCACUGCUGGCCCCAAUGCUCCAUCGCCGCUUAGUAAUGACUCUGCUUCAGCCGUCGCCGCUCAAGCAGCCAUGAAUGCAAUGCGAGUUUCAAUGGCAGACUCAAUGAUGCGCUCCUCGAUGGUCGUUGACCCCAUGACACACCAUCAGUCGCAUCAUCACCACCACCAGCAAAAUUCACCGGAAACUGCUUUACGAAUGCACCAGCAGGCAGAGGCAAUCCUGCGGUCCCAAGCUGAGGUGGCACUGCGCUUAGCAGUUUCAGUUGCUGCAUCCAGUAACGGAGCAAAUAAUGGUAAUAACGACUCUCACCUUACAAACAACCCACUUCGGCAUCACUUGCAUAAUGGGGCGUUUGGAGCGAAUCAGAGCAUGCCAUCAAGUAACGGAACAAACCAAGGAGGAGGAAGCGCGAGUGGUACAGGACCAGGAGGUACUGGUUCAUCUGGUGAAAGUAGUUCACAGCAACAAAUUCAUUCCCCACAGUCACAAAGUACUCAACAAAUUCAGUCGCAACAACAAGUUAACCCCGACCUUUCAGAGGCUAUCCGCCUCCAAGAGCAUCGACUUGGUCAAGCUUUGCGAUUACACAAUGAUGCACGAGGUGCUCUUAACUUCCUAACGUCGUCAAACAAUGGAGGCGCCAGUGGUACUAGUCAAACAUCAACUCCAUCCCAACAUCAUGGCACGCAUAAUCCUUGAGAGUUCAAUUUUUUCUGAAUGCCAAAAUGGAUCUCUCGGAUCUUACAGACAUUCAGAAAAACAGCAACGGUGCAAUCAUCCUACGGGACGGAAUUCGGUGCAUUUAAAAACAUACUUUCUAGAUAUUGCAAGUGGAAGCUUGUAUAGGUUUUAUUAUUAAAUAAGAAACUGGACCUUUUUUGUAAUAAAGAAAAAAAAAGAAACAAGAGAGUUAAUGAAAACCAAAAGGAGUUCAUCAAUAUGAAACUGUCUAAAGCAGCUACAUAGAAUUUAUUGAGUCAAUAUAUCGACUAGGUGCAAUUACUAUGAGGAAGAAUUAGAAUACAAAACCUACUAUACAAGUACUUUAGUAGUACGAGAGCUAUUUCGGAUAAGAUCGUUAAAAAUAGAAUAACAAAAUAAAAUAAUGAAUGUAAUCUGCCGACGUCCAAACUAAGUGCGAACUAUAGAAGCCAAUCAAAAAAAAAUUCCAACACAAACACCGUCGUAUAAAUCGAUAGUCAUUUCAACAAUAGAAUAAAAAAAAAUCGAAACCCAGUCAACACAUAAAAUGACGCCAACUAACCUUAAUGAACACAAAUGAAAAGCAAAAAAAAAUAAAAACUAAAAGAAAAUAUAUAAAUAAUUUUAACAGAAUCAAUUUGUAAGAAAAAAUGUGUCUAGAUCUUGUUUUGUUAUAAACAUAUAUAUAAAUAGAUAUAUAUAUAUAUAUACUAUAGCUUGUAAGAACUAGAUCAUUUCGCUAAAAUACAAUAUAAACUAAACAGUAUAUAUAGAAAAGAAUAUGUACAAUUUCCUAUCUAAUGAGUAAUAAAAAAAUUGUGAAUUGAAUAACGAUAUUGAUAUUUUGUAAAUAAAACAGAAAUAUGAGCCAUGAUAGGAGGAUUAUUGAUGAUAUUUAACAAUUAAUGUAUAUAAUAUAAUAAAAAAAGCCUGAAGCGAAUAAAAACCAUAAGCAAAUUUAAAAUUAUAUGAAAACGAAAAAUUCUCCUCUUUGAUACUGUCGUUAAGAGAGUGUCACACACAAAAAAUAAAAAACAAAAAAAAAACAAAAACCAUUCUUACAUGUUUAUGCGAAAAUUAUGAACAUGGAAAAAAAUAAUCAAUACAAAAUGAGAAGAAAAAAGGUUAAUUAAAUAAAAACAAAAUAUAUGAAUUUUAAUUAUUUCUAUUUAUAUUUUAAAUAGCAAUUAAUUUUAAUAAUAAAUGAAAAGCAUUCAUAGUGGCAAUGAUUUGUGAAUCAUAUGAAGUAUAUAUAUAUAUGUGCAUAGAUAUGCAUAUAUUUAUACAUUUAGUUGUAAUAGUUUCCAUUUUGUUGAAUUUUUCAAGCAAUUGUUCCAUUUUAAACCAUGCGAAGAGAUCGUCAAACACUAAUAUGUGCGUACAUUAAUUACAAACUACAUGGAAGAAUAUAAGAAUCAACUGAUAAAUGGAUGGUGAAUUAAAUGAAAUUGGAGAAAAAUUAAUAAAAAAAAAAUCUAGUCAUAUGAUUUUUUUAUCCUUUGGACUUUGUUCAUUUUCUUUCUAGGAUCGAUGAAAAUAUAUACUAUAUGUUGCUAAUUCUACGCGGACUGUUAUUCAAAACUGCGAAAAUGCUUCCAGUCAACAUGAAAUUUUAGGUGUUAAUCAUUUUUGUCCGAAAUUCAAAUCGAGUAAAAGCCGAAGAUCAACGGAAGCCGGAGGAUUAGAAGCUUUUUGUUAUUUAGUGGCUUCGGCGUUUACACCUUUGUGUCUUCUCAAGCUAUGAUGAUGGUAUAAAAAAUAGAUUAACACCGUCAUACAGAGAUUUAUUUCUUCUGAAUUAGCUGAUCGAGAUCUGUCAAAGUCGAACUAUCACCGAUUGCCGACUGAUAAACGCUAACUUCUAUUUGAAAGGCGAUUUAUGGUAACAUUCUGCUGUUAUUACAAAGAGCAGUCUUAAGGAAGAGCAAUCUCCUUAAAACUCCUUAAGAAUUCAAUUAAAAGAACAUUACCUAACUCCAAAUUGACUCUGACGAAAAGGGUUUAAAAUGGAAGCAGAACUUUUUGAGUUUGUUUCUGUCCAAAUGAAUGGAGUUUGAAAAUACCAAAUACAAAUAAGUUCUUUGUUGUCCGUCUUUUAUAACCAAAACCCAAUAUCAUCAUUGAUAGAUGUUGACAUAAUUGGAAUUCAGAUCCAUUUGUACGCACGUAAUAUUCGCAUAGAAGUUUGAUAAUUUUCGUUAACACGUUAUAUUUAUUAGUUAUUUUCUCUUCAAUGAAGUUACUUUCCCUUCAAUGAAGCCAUUUAUUUCUUGAUUUCGAAAAUAUCAAGAUUUGAGUAAAAUAUAUAUGUAUGGGAAUGUGAUAAAAACAAUAACAAAAAAACUAUUACUACUAUUAACAACAAACGGAGCAAAAAAAGUACUAUUUGAAUUUCGACAAAAAUUAAUAGAAAUUAUUUUAAAAAACGGAGUAAAAACCAACAGCAAAACUGUAUAAAGUCGACAAGUAGCGAUCAAAUUAUAGCGAUGUAUAAAAAAAAGCAAACUUUAAGGUAACAGAAAGAAAGAGUCUGAUUAUUUUUUUUUUUCGUGUUGUGCCUGUGAGAGAACCUAAUCUUAGUUAUUUGAGAUAUAUUCAUUAAAUUGGAACUAUCCGCGUAUGUGUGAAUUGGAAAGAAAUGUGAAUGCUUUGAAUCUUCCUCUCCAUUUCAUAUAAUACAAAAACAGAAAAAAAGAUACAUUUGUAUUUAUUAAACUUAACCGGAUUAGAACCAGUUUCUGAAUGUGUGUGGAUAUGUUGUCAUAGUAUGUAAGUGCGAAAGAACUAUGAAUGGCUUGUGUGCUUGUGAGUUUUUAGUCAAAACAAUCAAACCAACAAAAAAGAAAAAGAUCAUCAUUGAAAAUAAAAAAAUAGUUUGGGAAGAAAUAUUCCCAAAUAAAACAAUAUCCCACCCCCAACAUUCGACGCAUUAAAUUAUUCCUUCAAAUGAACGACCUCCCCACACCCCAACGAUUACUACACAUACACAGUAAAAAAAAAAUUAUUAUUUUCCAUUUACUUAUCCCCUGAUCCUAAAAUAAUAAAAUUAUCAAAAAUAACAUUCAAAUAUCCUUACAAGCAAGAAAUAUUUUUUUUAAUGCAAUUCACAAAGAAGAACUUGAACAGAUUCGUGUAAUACUAUUUAAAUAAAUAUAAAAGCAAAUAUAUUAUCAUUACUUUUUGAUUUAUAAUCGUAGAUAUUUUUUUCUAAUUUCAACGUUUUUGUUUUAAUAACACACGACAUCUCCUUCAAUUUUUUACUUUAAUUUGAAAAGAAAAUAUGUUGUGAAAACUUGAAAAAAACAAAUCGAAACAAAUUUUUAAACAACUGACAUAUGUAUGAGGAAAGAAAAUUCACUAAUUAAAAAAAAAAUACGUGAAAAAAUCAGAAAACGUGAAUAAUGCAAUAUCGAAAAACAACUUAAAUCUCUUCUAAAUAUUACGGAAAAGUAAUUGGCUCGGAAUUUUUCAAAAAUCCAUAAGCAAUCGGUUCAAUGAGAGAUAAUUUUUUGGCUCAUAUGACAAGGAACUAACACCAAAAACACCGAAGCUAAGAGUUUUCAGAAUUUUUUCAAAGAAAACUUCGGAAUUUCUAACAACUAUUGCUGUUGAGAUACAUCGGUAAUCACACAAACGCGCAUUUCGGCCGAAAAAGAUAAAAAAAAUUAUACGAUGUUCCUGAUAUUCAGAAAGAUUCAGUUCAAGCCGAGACGGUAGGUAAGUGACAAUUUCUGGCAAAUUAAAUUUGUUUUAGUCAGAUUGCUCUGAGAGCAUUAACUCAGUGUAACCAGGACAAUAAUUAUCAGUUGUAUUUCUUCUGAUCCCUAAUACCUCCGCAAAAUUUAGUAAGAAACGAAGGAAGCCUUCGGAUUUUCAAUUAGGCUACACAUAACCUCAUUAAGGUCAACUUUUUUUCUGGGAAGUUUGACAAAGAUACCAACGUUGAGGAAGGAUUCCUGAUUUUCUUGAAAAUAUACAUAAAAAGCAAUCUACAGUUUUGGAAACUUAUAAAUUCGGAAAAAUCAAACUUUUCAUGACAUUUAUUAUCAGUAACAGUGACGCUGCUCAUUUCAUUCGAAGCGGAUCCACUAUGCAUAUACGAUCAGCCUAAUAAUUUGAUCACAUAACAAAACUAAAUAAAUUCAAUCUAAUUCGGUAGAUACCCUGGCCCUUGUAAAGUGUUAAAAAAAUUAGCACUCUACGCAACCACGUACAUAUUCAGGCAACAUUGAAUAUGAUUAUAUUUUCCAAAUCUUGACAUUUGCCUUAACUCUCACGAUACCUAUGUCAGCGGCAUAAACACGACAAGAGAUUCCAGAAAAAAACCAGGACUUGCAACAAAAUUUCGCAAUUUAACAUCCUCAGUUGAAUUUAAACUUGAAAUUGAAUUUAUGUUGAAUGAAUUUUGUUAAAAAUGAUGAUUUCUGACUGGCAACUACAAGCCACUUGGAAGUUUACUUGGAAAUAAACGUUGGCUCAAAAUUACAGUGAAAGGAAGCCACAACAAUGUAAGAAAGAAUUUAGGUAAAACAGUUCAAUCUAAUUUUCAAUAGUACCCUUGAAACUCCCUAAAACGCCAAACCAAUUUGUGAAGUUGUCGCCCGGAAAUUUUCAAAAUGCAUAAUUUCAACAUUAGAAAUUAUGAGCUCAUGAAAACAAUGCCCUUGCGAUCGCUGAACAGAUUGGCUCCCCAUCACAUAUUAUAUACAAAAAUCAUUAAAAAAAAAUAAAUAGAAAAUAAAAUAAGACAGGUAAUAAGUAACAAUAAGGAUAACAUGAUAAAAUAUGGCUAUUAUUACUAAUAAAAUCCGCUCUAACCAUUUGCAAAUAAACCAGAAGUAAUACUGAAUACUUAACUCUAAAACAGAUUGCAUAGUUUGAGCCGCAUAUGAAAAUAAAAGGUUUAAAUAAUACUCUAAUGUAUUAUAAAACCAUCUCAUGGUGCCCUUUGCUGCAACAAUUCGUGCUGUGUAUUUUUGACAAAUUUGCAUUGCACAUUAAGAAAUUCAACUGUCCAUAUGGAUAUAUGUAUUUGAACUGAGAAUUUAAGCGGCGUUGAUUAAUAGGAAAUAGAAAUUCCUUGAAUGAAAACUGGUCCUAUAACAUAGUAAUCAGCCGCUGAAGUCCGAAACUAUGCAUACAUAUAUCUUAUCAUGAAAAAAAUAUAGCGAAACCAUUUCAUAUAACAUCUUGAGUAUUUCUUAUAAAAUCUCAAAUGGAAGAGCUUAUAAAAAAGCAUUGUAAGAUUGUCACAUACGCAGCGAAUAAAAUAGCUAUGAUUCGAUUAUUUUCCAUAUAUAAAACAUUGACGUGUGUUUUAUCAAUUUAAUCAACAUCUUUGUACAGUAGUAUGUCAGUAUAAAUAGAUUUCUAGCUUAAAUAUAACUUGUAAAUAACCAAAUGAAAAAUAUCUGAAAAACUUAACGAUAAUGAAAUAGUCCCAAUAGAAUUUCAAUUAAGAUAAAUAAAAUACAUGAUAUAUUGAAAAUGAUGAUAAACUCUCAAUUCGCCACACCGUAUUUAUUGAUGUUGAUCAAUCAAUAAAAUCAGAUGGAGAAUCAGCCAGAUCUAACCUGCAAUGACCGAUCGAUUAACAUUACAGAAGGAUAAUAUCACAGUGGUAAUUUGUUAUUUAACUCAAAAAAAAAAUGUGUUUAGUUACAAUAGCCCGAAUAAUGAAGACAAACUCAUAUUAUUACACAACAGAAUUGGAUUCGUAUAAUAAUUGAGGCCAAUACUGGCCUAAUUUGAAGAAAGACCAACCAACCAUAGUAUAACUUCGUAAACAAAUAAUAAAGAAAAAAGUAGAUGAAAAAGGAAAAACGAUAAAUAGUGAAAAAAGCAAUAUUGAUUAGUGUGUGAUAUAAGCAACAAGUACUUCACAGUCAACAAAGGAUAGGGAGAGAUCACCGCAGAAGUAAAAACUCUUUAAGUUUAUAUUUUUUUUAUUUUAUUGAACCUUUAAUACCGGAGGAAGCAAGAGAACUUCAGAAUAAAGGAAAAAUUAUAGUAGCAAAAGCCCGAAUUAAACUACGAUAAAUACACUUAACUUCUGAAUAUUUUUAAAUCAAAUGGUUUAAAAAUAUUCAAAUGACUUUUAUUUAUAUAAACAUUGAAACCACACACAAUCACACAUACACCUACAUAUAUAAAUAUAAAAAUAAAAUGAAAAUAAAUCCAACCGAAAUAUUCGCAAUAGCCCAAAAAUCUUGUAUCACCGUAAAAAGGAUGCAUCAGAAAAUAAUAACAAAAACAAGAGAAAGAAAAACAACAGUAAAACCAAAAACAACCACACAAUUACAAACAUCUACAUCUACAUUGAACCACUGAGAAAAGAAAACAAAAACCAUAGAAAGCUUUGUAUAUUUCACUUUUACAGGGUGAAAGCCAAAACAUGGCAACAUUGCUGGGUUUGCAGCAAAACCUGCUGUAAAUACAUAUAUAUAUAUAUAUAAUUUUCAGUUUCGUAGAUGCAACCAAUAAUAAUUACAUACAGUGAACUUAUUAUGCAAUUCAAUAGCCCAAACCUAUAGUCAUACGCAACUAGACUACAUGAACAUAAUACAUAUCCUUUAUUUCCGCAGUAUUAAGAUUAUGCAUUUUUUUCGUUGUACUUAUCAACAAUAAAUUAAAAAAAGGAUUUAUUUAACUCAAGAAGUAACAGGGAGACCAAUGGUUUACAUUCUUGCAUCAAACAUGAAAGGAAUAUUUACACAAAUAUAUGCUUGUAUAUUCCUAAUGAGGGCGUAUACAUAUCGUAUAUAUUUGUAGUAAAUGAGUGGACAGCGAAAAACAGACAAUUAUUUAAUUAAUUCUUAAAAAAAUAAUUAAUAAAAUAAUGAAAAAAAUACCUUAUAUUAUUUCUGCAACCAAAUUAAAUCACUUAUGCAACAAUCUUAUAAAAAAGUUAACUCAAUAGAUUGUGUAAUAGUGCUAAACUAACUGAAUGAUUGAAUUAACACUUAUUUUACUGAUCAAAUCAACGGAAGUCGAUCUAUAUGAAAACCAGUGAAAUAAUAAUAAUUCAAAAAAUUCAAAAAAAAUCAAAAUACGAAACAUAAUACAAAGAAAAGUGAAUAAGAAAAUGGAUAAUUAAACAAUAGUAUAGUGUUCCAGUCAACUAAUAAUAGUAAUUACUAAUUACUUAUACGAAUAAAAGAAAAUAAAAUACACAAUUUAAUAUAAAACAAAUACUAUGUCCUGUUUGAAGAAAAUGAAAUAUCCAAACAAUAAUAUGAAAUAAAUUGAUAUUGGUUCCUUCGCUACGAUCGUUCCCUUCUUUUGUAAUCCCCCUUCUUCCAGUGCAAUAAUUUUAUUUAAUCUUUUUAUGUCUGUUUAAUGCUUUAUUUUCAGAGACGCUUUCGAUUAAUCUGAACAAUUAUCACUUUGAACUCGUUUUUCUUUUGGCAGAAUACACAUUUAUGAAUGACAUUAUUGUCGUCUUGAUGAUAUUCAAAUAAUUCUUCUUAAAGCACUGUUUCUUUAGUCAAUGAGACAAUAAAAACACCAUUCAACCAUGGAAAAUUAUCUUUUCCUAAAAUUAGAGACAAAAUGAUAGAAGAAGCGUCGUGUUCUUGUAGGUAUGAUAAAUAAGAAUGGUUUCUUCUCAGAAAGGAAGAGUUAGUAAAAUCUGCACUAAUAAAACUAUACCUAAACCUGAAAACAAUUGGACUUUCAGGUCCUGUCUCUAACUUGAAGGAAAUAGUUUCUUUCGAUCAGUUUUCUGACUACUUUUCCUAUUAUGCUUUAAUAGGCAUAUUUCUUUAACGUGUGCGUAGCUAUGAGAAUGUAUAAUCACUAGAUAAUAAUCAGAUAACCAGACAAAUAUAAGUAAAGUAGUCAGCAUAUUCUCAUUCCAUUUUAGAAAGGAACAAUAGAUUAAUGUGCAGUAAAAUACUAAAUAUGGAUAUAGAAUUCUUUGAAUCGAAUAUAAAACACUAUAAAGUGAAAGAUUUUCAGAAUGAACGAAGUGAUUUUCAGUUUUUUCUUCCUUUGGUUUAUAAUUAAACAAAUAGAGACUAAUACUAAAUAACCAUUACUACAACUAUAAAUAUCAUGUUUAAUUAUAUCAAAUACACGUCAACGAUAAAAAAAGCUAAUUCAAAAUAAAGUGACAAGAAGUCAGUGAAACGUAAAACGAAAACAAAACCAAACCGGACGGAUUAAUGAAUAAACCAAUGAAUAUAUCAAGCAAAUGCGAAACGAAAACAAAAUCAAUAAAUAGCAGAAAACGACAACAUUCGCAACAAAAAAAUGACACAAAAAUUAAUACAGCAAACUAUUUAAGAAAUGCUGUUUGUAGAAUAUCAAUGACAACACAUUUGAAAUCAAGCAACUGUAUAAGUUGAGAAAUUUGUCGAUUUGUUCUAUGAAGAAAAAAUUAGAAAAACUUCAAUUUUUUAGAUUUACUCAAAUUUCUUUUAAUGAUUAUAAAUAAAUGAAUCUAUAUAUAAUAAAUACAUUCCACGUGCUACAGAAAAAAACGAAUAAGAAGUCAAAAUAUCAAUGAAACUAAAAAAAUACAGAUUAUACUUUCCAAAAUGAAAGUUUUACAAUGUAAUAUUUUUUUUUUAUUGAUACUGAUAACGGAAGCAUUGAAAAAUGUAUCUUUCGAUAUUACUUUCACCGACUUUUAGUUUUAAUCAAUUCCUGUUAUUCAUAAUAACAUUUUAUUCUGAACACACUGAAAUGGAAAAACAGAUAAAAACAUAAUACGGGAAUAAAAAAGCACAAAAUUCGAAUUAUCAAACAAAAACUAUAUCUUAUCCUUUCAACUCCUUCAUUAUAACAAUACCGAUUCCCUAAAGCCAAUACCCCCUCUUUUGAUUAUCUCCCAAUCACUCAUGGGAAAUUUGAGAUUUUAUCAUCGAAGGGAAAUUAAAAAUUGAAAAAAAUAAUCUACUCUGCCCAGAAAAAAACAUGAUUCUAGGGCCUGCUAAGGUUCAUGGGAGAACCUUUUUGGUAUAAAGGAAGUUACUUAGAUUUUUUUUUUAACAUUUUAAUUAAAUAAGUUACAACGCCAUAAAGGUGGGAUAAAGUCUCAUCGAGCGAGGUAACAAUUGUCAAUUACAAUUAAUUUAAUUAUUUAAUUCAAUUGAUUCUAAAAAGAUUAAAGUUUAUCAUUUCAGUCAGAUUAAAGUUUAUCAUUUCAGUCGUAAGGCAUGACUUUAAAAACAUUUAUCUAAAAAUGUCUAUCCAAUUCAAAAACUAUAAUUUUAAGCCAAAUUCAGCCAUGGAUUUCAAUAAAAGUUCAACAAUAUAUGCUUAACUUUUUAAUGUCUUUGCUGGGAUGCAAUCAACAUAUAAUAUAACAUAUCAAUGAAACCAAAUGAACGAAUUAGUUUAUUUUGUUUUAAAAGAUGCCGAAGUUACUAAUUAUGAACAAUGCUGAAACUAUUUCAUUUCUUUCUGAUGGUGCAGAGUAGUACUUUUGAACAAUUAUCAGCCCCUUUAUCUCCUCCAAAUCAUUUCCCCUUCUACCGUGAUUUUUUUUACUAAAAAAUACGUUUACAGAAAAAAAAGAUACAAAUUACACUUACACAAUAAACACAAACAUAAUAUUAAAAACAAUACAAUAAAUGGAUGUGUAAUUUAAAGGUGAGAGUGUGAAAGAUUCGAAUGAUUCAUAUUAUAUAAAAUAAAAAUAUAAAUACAAAAUAGGUUGUGUGAAUGAGACCGAAAAUUUAAGUAAGUUUUUGUUUUUAUCAGCUCCAAUUGGAGUUAAAAUUUUGAUUUAUAUAAUUUCCACUUUGGUUUGCUUGAUGAAAGCUAAAAAUUAGGAGAACUCCACAAUUAUUUCAUGAUUACGAAAAGGGAAAAUUUAAUUACAAUCUAAUCUUGAUUAAGCUCUCUACCUCUAACCCAUCGUUUGAUAAUAAAAUGAUAUGAAAUAUACACUUUGUGCAAUCUCCCUUCAUCAUUUAUAUGAAGAUUUGUUCUGUUAUUUGUUUAGUGAUAGAUAUUCAAAUAUUACAAUCAACGAUUGAAAAUGUGUCAAUCGGUUUUUUAUUGAUUUUUAGUUAAAUUAUACCCUAACUUAUAUUUAUAAUUGUUCGCUUCUGUUUGGUAUAAAAUAAUUGAAAGGCAAGUCACGCCCUUAACCUCAAGUAGCGUACCAAAAAAUUCACCAAAAAUGAGAUAAUGAAUACCAAUUCCUGGCGAAUACGAAAGUGUAUUCAAUGGAGAAUAUGCACCAAUAAUUAAGCUAGUUUAAAAAAUUUUUUAUAUACUUUUCAAAAAUACCUAAAAUGUUGAUCAAAAAUAGGAUUUUUGUCAUUUUUAUCUCAUGUCCUCUUUUCCACCUCCUGCUGCAGAUGCUCGAUUGAAUUAAAGCCAAGCAAUUAUGCCGACAAUUUAAAAGUACGAAUCCCACUAAUCAUGGGUUAAAAGAUUUGGACAAUUUUGAGGUCAUUCCUAUGUUGGGACGCGUUGAAAACCAACAGAUCAACACAUUUAACAAAGACCAUGCGUACCUUAUGAUUUUCGCUUGCAGUCAAUACCCCGGGGUUCCUCUGCUCACCAGAUUUACGUUACCUUCAACGUCCCGUAGCUUUAAUGGUUUUUAAGGUUUUGUGUAAAACAAAACCUUCAUAGAAUUGAUUGGAUGUCUGCCUGUCUGCCAUACCCGAUUUACUCGGAAACGGCUAAACCAGUUAUCACAGGAAGUGAUGAGAAGGUGUGGUCUAUGCGUUGUCAAAGCAGAUACAUUUCUUCAUAGACAAAAACCGGUUCAGUGACAUAGCAGCCUUAUAUAUAGGUGCAUGGGUAGCUCCUUAUAAUUCCUUGACUGGCUCAUUAUCCGCCAAAAAUCAAAGAGGUCCCCAUUCGCUCGUCGGAGGGUGACAUAUAAUAAGCGGUGUUAUUAACCGUUGAGUUUGAGGCGAACUCUCCAUUCAUGGGAAAGGGGGUGUACAUUUUUUGUUCAUCUGUAUCUGCUUAAAUAAAGUUGAGUUGUCGUAUUUUAAAAAUUUAUCCCCCCCCCCCCCCCUAAGUUCAUGCUAGAAGUACAAAAUUUGGUAUGGUUGUAAGCAAUAACAUAAUUUUGGAAAGUUUGACGAAAAUCUAACUGUUAUUAGCAAAGUUAUUGGAUAUUGUAUAUCUCCCCCCUUUUUGGUGUUCUUUUUGUACGCCACUAUGUAUUGUUUGUGGUUGUUUAAUGGGCAUUAUAUCCUUUUAGAAACAGAAAUUAUAUUAGAAAUUAGAGAAAGGACAUCCAACCACAAAACAUUAUAUAAUUUAUUGAACUUCUCUUUCCCUAGGUUGCGAUUUAGUACGCAUUCGCUAAAGUUGUAAAGAUGCAAGUGUAGAAAAUUCUUAUUAUUAUUUUAAACCCCGAAAAGUUACCAGACGAACAAAUAGUGAUACAUUUUUUUUUAUUUGUGUGACUGAGUUUUAUUGUUAUACGAAGGAUACAUCGAAGAACAUCGAAGUUGUGAAAUAAGCACAAUUUUAAUUUGAAUAAACUUCGAUCUUUCCCCGAAAUAUUUCUAAGAAAAAGAUUAUAAUCUUGACUUUCCGCAAAUCGACCCCCUUAAUUCCUCUAUUUGGAUCUUUUUCCGUUUUAAAUACGUUUUCUAUUUUAUCCGAAAAUUUAGGGAAAAUAUCAAUUUGAAGUAGACAUUUCGCAUGAAUAAGAACCAAAGUAUGAAUUAUAAUGUCGACAUUAAUCUCUCAUUUAAUAAGAUAAGGGCAGGGAGCUUGUUGCAUAGUUAUGAAAUUAUGUUGAGCCAAACAAAAGUGGCAGACAAAACAAAACUAGGAAAAAUUCAUAAACAAAAGAGUUCGGUUGAACUGUGUCAGAAUGUAUGUGUGUUUGAGAGCAUAUGUGUGCGUGGGUAGAUCAUGAAUGAAUGCUAAAACUGAUAUAGAUCGUGUGUAAAAAUGAAAUCUUGAACGAAGUUGAUAAGCGUAAAAGACAAUUGUUGCAUUGUUUUUCAUUUGCUAGAGUGAAAAGGCCAAUUUUUUCGUAAGUAUGACUGGCAAACAAAAUAGAAAAGUACACAAAAAGGCCUCUUUUUUUCAAAAGACCAUCUCCGAGAUUCUAUUAAAAGAAAAAUUCGAAAAUCCAGAAUUUUGGAUACAUCUGUGCCGAUCUUCAAAGUAUUGGAAUGAAAAAAAACCCAAAACGAAAGCUAAACACUAUAAAGUGAACGUGAUUUCGUAUUAAAAAAAAACAAACAAACAAAACCCUUUAAAAGUAUUAUCUUAGCAAAAAAUUUCGAAGUGAAAAUGAAUACAAACAACAAUCAAAUGAGUUUGAUAUAAAAACCUAACAACAUUACACACAAAACCCAAUAAAAGUAUGAAUUUCUGAAUGAAUGAGGAAAAAAAACACAAA